UCCUGGCCUGGUUGACAUCACAUCCUGAAGGCAGCGAGGACGGCACCUCCACAGGCAGGGUGGGCAGAGCCCCAGCGCUCUGGAGAAGAGCUGGGAGGCUGGCCGGCCUCUGGCUCACUUGCCGAGCGAGGGAAGGACGACGUAGGUCGCUGGGGAGAAGCGGGGUGGCCAUGGGGCAGUGCGGGCUGUUCCCUGGCUUGGGCGACCUGAGAGAAGCAGCAGCAAGGUUGGGAGAGACCUAACGGCAAGGAAAAGCUGCUGGAUUUGCAGGAGUGGGGAAAAUGGAUGCCUGCCAACAGCCUCAACCUUUGCAAGUAAGUACUUCUGAGCGGGGCGAGGGGGGGAUGGACAUCCACACUGUCAACAACACUUCAGAAAAGCAACACUACCCUCCUUGUGGACGUGCUUAGAGGGCUCUUAUGGGCAGUGCCCUGGAUGGGCCCUUGCUUGCUCUGCUAAUUUUACAUGUAUUAACCAAGGCUUGGUGAAAAGGGUGUCUCAAGAUAGCAUCCAGCAGCAAGAUGCCCUCAUGAGAAGCUCCACCCACUUGCCAGUCUGCCUGCCCAUCUCUGGCAGAAACCACACCCAACUAGUUGCAUGGUGCCACGUUGAGGGCAAGGCUACGGUCACCGUUCCAGAAUCUUCCCACAUUCAUCUGCACAACACCUCAAAGGGCUUGUGCAAUCUCCGGGGUACAGCUGACUUGAGUGCUUAUGGUCAAGGCUAGUUGCAAAUGUCGGCCUGUAGCAAAUUGUGCCCAUUUCGUGGGUGUUAUAUGGCAAGCUCUCUGUGCCUCAGUUUUUCUCCUUCAUUGGUGGGUUCUCCUCCGCUGGAGGUUUUAAAACAGAGAUUGGGUGGCCAUCUGCCAGGGUUUCUUUAGCUGAGAUUCCUACAUUGCAGGGGGUUGGACUAGAUGACCCUUGCGGACCCUUCCAACUCUACAAUUCUAUGGAUGACAGAGGAUGACUUCCUCUGUGGUAAGCUACGGGGAGGGUGAGUGAGGCAUCAGGCAAGAUUGCCCACCCCAAGCCUAGGCAAAUGGAAGAUCAAGGAAGAGCAGGGAUGUCAAGACAUUAACAAAGGCCAGGACUUUCUCUUAUCUACAGCAGAAUUCUUUCAAAGGCAAAAGACAUGCUCUUGAAACAAAAACAAAAAAACGCAGCACACAUCACUCUCAAUAAUCUAACUCGCUUGCUCCAAGAAGCCCCUCUGCCUUCUCGCAACACAUUUUUUUUGGCACUGAAACCCUUUUGCAAAGCAAAAUGUGCACUUGAUAAAAUAAAGGGAUCUGAACUCCCCAGGGUUUUGCUCUGUUCAAAAGUCUCAGCAGAGGCAUCUUUCUUCAGGCUUCUUUCGUACUCACUAAGACCUCUGCUAGCAAUUUUCCUGCAGCAUCCUGCAGAGACGGUCUGGGAGAAAUUUAACACGCAUACACUCUCUGAGGCUAUAUCCUAAUGCCACAGAAUUAACUGAACUGCAUCAAAUUAUACUGAUGUGCAGCAUGGGGUAAUUUCCCCCACUACCAGCAGGGGGCACGAUGCUAAAAAGGCAACCCAGUUUUUUGACUGGCUCCCUUUAACUAUACUUUAAUCUACAGUAUACAUAUUCCAAGUCGAAUGCAUUCUUUUAUUUUCUGGUUUCUUUGGGGGGCGGCGGCAGGGAGUGGAGACGAAAAGGGAAAAACAAGCCAGGAAAUCCAAUUCUGUCUACAAGCCACAUUCACCAACCAUGUCUUUGUCUUCCCUCUGCCUUCCCCAGUUCCACAAUGGUUUCUGGUAACUUGGCUGUUUUGGUGGUCCUGCUUAUACCUCUUGAAUUCUGGAGAUCUGGAGGCCUCCUAGCGGCCUCUCCAGGAACUGCUGGCGAGCAUGACUCCUCAAAGCAGGUCCCUAUCCAAGCCCUCCAAACCAUCCUGCUGAGACGCCUGGGCUUGCAACGGCGCCCGGAGCCAAGGGCGGGGCUUGUGGUCCCCCAAUAUCUUCUGGAUCUGUACCAGUUCUGCUUGGGGAAGGCUCCCUCCUCCCUCAAAGAGACAGAGCUUCCCUUCCUGGAGGAACAAGCCGGGAGAGCCAACACCAUCCGCACCUUCCACCAUGUUGGUGAGCUUGCGAUUGCCACGUCCGCCUUCAAAUUCCACGUUUGGGCCGCUGGGGUGGCUGGGGCCUUGAAAAAUUGGUUGGGGUAGCAGCAGAGGGGAGAAAAGUGGGGAAAUUUAACCCAGGCCCUCCAGGAGUUGCUAGACUAUCAUCAUCUCCCAUCAUCUCCCUGAACAUUGGCCAUGCCAGCUGCAGGGGCUGAUGGGAGCUGGAGUCCAACUAGAGACAGCCACAGGCUCUCCAUCCCUGAAGUGACUGCACAAAACCAGGAGCCAGGGACAGGGAUAAAGGAGAGGUGGAAAGCUGUAGAUAAGCGGCCGCACUGCGUAAAGGGAAAAAGAGGUAGCUCAGCAGGCAGGAACCUUGCUUUGCAUGCAGAAGGUCCCAAGUUCAAUCCUUGACACCCCCAGUUAAAAGGAAAGCCCCUCUGUUUGCCCCGGUCCUUGGAGAGCAACUGCCAGCCAUGGCUGACAAUAAGAGGCUGACAAAUAGCCUGACCUGGUAGAAGGCUCAGUUGGGAGAGCGCAAGACUCUUCAUCUCAGGGUUGUGGGUUCAAACCCCACAUUGAAAGAUUCCUGCGUUGCAGGGGGUUGCACUGAUAGAUGACCCUUGUGGUCCCUUCCAACUCUACAAUUGUGAUUUUGACUCUGAGGGUCAAACACGCUCCAUCGAGGAGGAAGGAAAGCAAAGCUCCCUAAUGCCAAGAUACUUCAAGAAUGCCCCCAUGCUUUGCUUACUUAAGGAAGAUCUCUUCUUUUUUCCUCUUGGGUUUUGGGAGGCGUAUGAUUUGCCUUGGGUUACAGCGCCACCUGCAGAGCAAGCAAGGCAACAGAGCCACACACAGGGUAGGAGGCGCUUGCGUUAUCAGCAGAGCCAGGAGCCCUGCACCACUUCAGGCAAGGACAUGCCACUUCACAGAAAGGGAUGCCAAAUACAGUUCUGAUUCUUUAAAAAUCCCAAAACAGUCUAAGAAAAAAGUGCUGCACACUGAAUAGCCACAAAUAAGUAUUUUCUUUUACUUUAAAAAGUUAGGGCAAUAACUUUAAGACAAUUUACAGGGAACAGCUGUUGCUUGAGAGCUUCUUAGAAGCAUCUGGCUGGAUGCAGGGGGCAAAACACAGAUGGGCUAGAUGGACACUUGGUUGGACGCAAGAAGGCAAUUCCUGCAGUCCUGGCAUGGGCAGCCUUUGUGAAUGUUGCUGAAAUACAACUCCCACCAGACCCAGCAAGCAUGGCUCAUGGCCAGGGGCGAUGGGAGCUGUAGUUCAGAAGCAUCUGCAAGGCUCCCCACACCAGCCCCAAACACUCAGUCCUCAAUCCCUUUCCGGCUUCUGUUUCACAUCUAGAGGAUCUGGAAAACACCCCUGAAGCUGUAGAUGGUUCGCUCUACUUCCUGUUCAACCUGACCUUGCUGCCUGUGGAAGAGGAGCUGACCGCCCUGGAGCUGCGCCUGUACCACUCGCAGAAGGAAAGCAGGGGUUUCCACAUCAACAUAUACCACGCAAUGGGCCCCCUACCCGUUUCCGGAAACAAGAGCAGUCUCCUCCUGGCUCGCAGAUUCUUGGCUCCCAAGCAGCCCAGGUGGGAGAGCUUUGACGUGACCGCUGCUUUCCAGAGGGCCGAGGGCCAAAGGCACCACCUUGGGUUUCUCAUUGAGGUGGAGCGCCCCAACGGCAGCCACGAGCUUCCUCAGCACCAGGCUCCGCUUCGCCCGAGGCGGUCUCCCGGAGAGGAGGAGGCCCAGUGGGCUCUGGAAAGGCCUCUGCUGGUCACCUACAGUCACGACCGGAGGGGGCAGCCUUUGACUCGUGGGAAGAGACAAAGCAGGAGCCAGCCGGGUGGGCUAACCCAGAAAGGAGGCCGAAGAGCCCCCAAGGGGCCAGCCUCCCGCAGCAAACGCAAAGGCCUGAAGCCCAAGGCCAAAGCCAGCACAAGGUGCCGGAGGCAGCGCCUGUUUGUAGAUUUCAAGGAAGUUGGGUGGAACGACUGGAUAGUUGCCCCCAGCGGCUACCAUGCUUUCUACUGCUCCGGGGAGUGCCGGUUCCCGCUAGCCGACCACAUGAACUCCUCCAGCCAUGCUGUGGUGCAGACUAUGCUGAGCUCGGUGAACUCCAGGGUGCCCAAGGCGUGCUGCGUCCCGACGGACCUCAGCCCCAUCGCUAUGCUCUACCUGGACCAACACGACAUGGUGGUCCUGAAGACGUACCAGGACAUGGUGGUGGAGGGCUGUGGGUGCCGGUAGAAACCACAGAGCAGGGAUAAGCCUCCUCUCAGGUAACCCAAGCAGAGGGCUUGGCACCGUCACGAGUCUUUCUUCAGGCAACAUGGAAUUAAUGUAUGGAACUUCCUACCACAAGAGGGGGGACAGCCAGAAGAUUAGAUGGCUCAGCUAUGAGAUACAUGGGAUAUCUGGGCACAGAGGCAGCAUAUGAUUUAACACCAAACACCAGAGGCAAACAGGCAAAGGCUAUCACCAGCCUGCUGUACGAGACAGAUGUACCUUGCCUCUGAUUCAACAAGGCAGAAUUCUCAUAUUCUUAUCACGCCUCAUCAAGUUCUCUAUACGAUGAAUAGCUGCUGUUGUUGUUUUAAACUGUGAUGACCUUUAGUUGAGCAAUAAAUGAGAAAGCUACCAAGCCUGUCACAGUGAGCAUCCUUAAACCAAGGUGAAAACUGUGUGACGGUGUGGUUGCCACUAAAGGUGAAUUCACAUGACCAAAGAGAAUCAGCACCAGACAUUCCUGAAAAGAUGAUUUGGGAGAGCUGGCUGACUUUUCACACAUUGUUUAUGGGGAACCUGUGGCUCUUCAAACUUGCUGGACUCCCAGCUCUCACGGACCCCAGGCUGCACAGCCAAUGGCCCUACAGUGCUUGAAGGACCACAGGCUUCCCCGAUUCCUGCUCUAAAAUAGAAGCUCUCUGUCAGAGUGCUUAUCCGGUAGAGGAGAGCAGUGGUUGUCAAUUCUGCUGGAACUGACAUUUUGGGUGAAAAAAUGACAGAUGUGUGCUCCCAGCAGCUGUUGUGUGAAACAUGAAGCCGUCCCUAACACUUUACAGCAGGGAUGUGGAUUCCAAUCCAAUCUCCAUCAGCUCCAGUCAUCAUUGCCACUAGUCAGGAAUGAUACAAGAUGUGCUCCAGCAGCACCUGAAGGGCUGAGGGUUCUCCACCCCUUCAUUAAGCGUCUAAUACCCCUGGGGGUUGUUUCUGAGCAGAGGGGCAUCAUAAACCUCACUGCACCAAAUGUGUGGACAAAAAGGCAGCCAGAGACUGACACAAGAGAGCAGGUGGUCCAUAUCUUAUUGGUGGAGAGUCAGCAUUUUCUUCUGACCAGGGUGAAUUUGAUUUAAAUCAAAUCAAUUUAAAUCACUAGUCAAUAAGACUUGGUUUAAAUCGUUUUUAUUUUUUUACAGAAAUACUCAUUCUUGGUGGUAUAAUCUUAAUAUUUACAGCGAGAUGAAGGUUUCAUUUUUUGGAAUAAUAAAUUUUCAGAGUGCUUUUUACAGUUUUAUCAAAAAUUACUGACUUGCACAAUUAUUACACAAAGAUCCCAAGACUUGCGGAGUAUUCUGCUCACAAGGUUGCACUUUCAUUUUUACUGCUUCACACUUAGCUACUUAUGCAGAUCUAUUCCAUUCAAAACAAAUCUGUUCAUUGAACCUCUUGGAACUUAGCAUUUGGUAAGGGGUUGAUUCUGUGUAUAUAAAUUUGCAAAGGAACAAUGGGAUUAAAGUUUUUUCCUCAACUCUGUAUGUUUAUUUUUCCUAUGGUCCCCCCUGUGAAGAGAAGGCAUGUUAUCUCUGCAGACACAAAUUCACCCUUUUGAGAACUGCAAAAACAAGCAUCUGUGAUAAUAUCUUCUCGUUAGAAAAGCUGCCCCAAAUAAUCUUACAGAAAGCUCUGGAUGAGCAUGACAUUGUGAACAGAUUAAUGGAAUUCAUCUACCUAAAAAUUUAAACAUUGCAUGUAAAGCCUCAUGCUACAUAAUUAAAAACAAAUCCUUAUUUCCUGAUGAAUAGCAUUUGGACUAUAAUGUAACUUAAAUAGAAAACCAUCUUUAGAAAGAUUUUUCCUCCAAAAGGAAAAUUUUAAAAAAUCCAAUUUAAAUAAAAAAAAUCGAAAUUAAAUUUAAAAAUCUGAUUUAUUCAUUUAUUUUUAAAAUAACUGACUUUAUCCACCCUGCUUCUAACUACAUACACCAAAAAAGCACCUUGCUAGUCAUUGCUUCUAAGCCCCUACUUGGUGUCUCAAGGCAAGUCUCAAGUUCUGCUUCAUAGCAAGGAAAGGGACAAAAAGCUCUGAGGAAUGUGGUGGGGAGAAAUGUAGCACUCAACAGGAAUAUGGUGCAUUUUAGUGCAUUGUUUUAAGUCAGCCUUCUCCAAACUGGCACACAUCCACGCCCAAUGUUGUUGGGACUACAAUGGGAUGGUGAAAGUUGUAACCCAAAAAAUCUGGAGGCCACUUGGCUGGGGAAAGUUUUUCAAAGGGCACAAUAUUUCUACUUUUGUGUCCAAAAAAUAAAUAAAUGUAUACAAUGGUGAAAUAAACUGUACAGCUUUUGCUGAUGUUUUUCUUCUUUUAAAAAAGAUGAAAUAUGGGUGUAAGAAAAUGGGCUAAGAUGCAACAUUGAAGCUUUAUGAAAGAGAUGUCAGAGUUAAUAGUGAACUCCAAAGUAAGUAAUGUAGAGAGACAGAGCCAGUAUCAUGUGAGUGGAUUCCAGUUUACAGGUCUGAAAUGGGCUGGACAGGAUGCAAAGAUGAACAGCAAGAAAACAUCUAUAAACACUUUUACCCCACCUUCCCGUCAUCAAGACAUCCAAGGAAGCUACGUACACUAAAGGGUGGACACUGAAAAACCACACUAUCAAAAACACAUCAGAGUGAGCAACUAAACCAAAUGUGGAGCAGGGCAAGAGAAAAAUAAACCAGAGACCCAGGAAGAUUUAGCGUGGGAAGAGCUUUUGAGAACCAGAAGCUGGGUAGAUCCAAUCAAUAAUAGAAAAGUAACAGAUGCUGUAAUUAAAAAUUAAAAUGAAACCUGUAUAACAGGAUUCUUACUAUUAAACUUUAAAGAAUACAGACAUAUAUUAAAACUGAAUCAUGCCCUCUCUCUUAUAUAGCUUGAGGCUAUUUUUAGUAUUAAAAGCAAUCGAGAGGGAAGCAUUUUAUUAUGAAGGUUAACCAACAUAAUGGGCACAAUGGGCCUUGAUUAAUGUGAGCUUCCUAUUGCACCGUAGCAAAUAACCACAUACCUUAGGAUGUAUAUGCAUGCAUAUAUAUAUAUAUAUAUAUAUAUAUAUAUGAGAUAGGCAUAAUCAGUGCUUUUUCUGGGGGGACGCAGGUGUACACAUACCCCUAAACAUUUUGUGAAUCUUUGCAUUUUUGUCCAUUUACUGUAUUUAUUCUUUCCGAUUUGAACUAUUAAAUGGUGAUUUUCUUGAGUCAAAAUGAGAGUACCACUAAACAUAUUUUUUUUUAGAAAAAAAGCACUGGAUAUAAUAUAUUUCUCCAUCUCCUACAUGGGUUAGUUUAUAAUCUGGCCUUAGCCACCACACCUGGAGUUAUAGUCCAAAACAGGGGUUGGGAAUCGCUAGUCUAUGGGCCAAAUUUGGCUCAACCCAAGUUGCCAUUUUCCCUGAACCGCCCCCACCUAUCCCAUACCUCACGACCUAUGUGAUGUCAGGGGUGGGGGCAGAAGGAUGCACCUGGAUAACAACAACAACAACAACAAUUUAUUAUUUACAACAACAACAAUUUAUUAUUUAUACCCCGCCCAUCUGGCUGAGUUUCCCCAGCCAUUCUGGAGGGCUCCCAAUCGAGUGUUAAAAACAAUACAGCAUUAAAUAUUAAAAACUUCCCUAAACAGGGCUGCCUUUAGAUGUCUUUUAAAGAUAGGAUAGCUACUUAUUUCCUUCACAUCUGAAGGGAGGGUGUUUCACAGGGUGGGCGCCACUACCUAAAAGGCCCUCUGUCUGGUUCCCUGUAACCUCACUUCUUGCAAUGAGGGAACCGCCAGAAGGCCCUCGGCGCUGGACCUCAGCAUCCGGGCAGAACGAUGGGAGUGGAGACGCUCCUUCAGGUAUACAGGACCGAGGCCGUUUAGGGCUUUAAAGGUCAGCACCAACACUUUUAAUUGUGCUCGGAAACGUACUGGGAGCCAAUGCAGAUCUCUCAGGACCGGUGUUAUACUGUAUGGUCCCGGCAGCCACUCCCAGUCACCAGUCCAGCUGCCGCAUUCUGGAUUAAUUGCAGUUUCCGGGUCACCUUCAAAGGUAGCCCCACAUAGAGAGCAUUGUAGUAGUGAGAGAUAACCAGAGCAUGCACCACUCUGGCAAGACAGUCUAUGGGCAGGUAGGGUCUCAGCCUGCGCACCAGAUGGAGCUGGGAGACAGCUGCCCUGGACACAGAAUUGACCUGCACCUCCAUGGACAGCUGUGAGUCCAAAAUGACUCCCAGGCUGCGCACCUGGUCCUUCAGGGGCACAGUUACCCUAUUCAGGACCAGGGAGUCCCCCACACCAGCCUGCCUCCUGUCCCCCAAAAACAGUACUUCUGUCUUGUCAGGAUUCAACCUCAAUCCGUUAGCCGCCAUCCAUCCUCCAACCGCCUCCAGGCACUCACACAGGACCUUCACCGCCUUCACUCAGUCCGCUCCAUGACUGAGUUCCCCAGAAAGCAGCUUUGAGCUUCGCCUGGUCAUGACGCCAGGCCCAAACGCUUCUUCCCACAUCCUGUAUUAAGCUAAAAACUCUUUGAAAACAGACGCUCCUCUCUCUGGCCAUAAAUAUUGCCUCUCAGUUAUGAAACAAUUCAGUUAACGCCGACUAACCUGCAUAGGCCUUGGUUCGGUCUCCUCAAGUCGUCAUGGCAACCCCAAACCGUUCCGCUCAAAAUUGCGGGCCUCAAAGCGCUCAGCACGUUGGCGGCCGGGACAGGAAGGAGCAGCCUCUUCACCCGGAAGUACAUUAUUAUGAGCGGACGACAAGCCGCUCUUCCCUUAUCGGCUUUUUUUUUUAAAGGUCCCCUCUGCUAAUAGGAGGACUGGGAACUCUAUGACUCUGCCCUGUAUGCCCCUAGGCGGCGGCGAGCGGCGUUGGCCCAUGUGCCUG